AUGGCCUCGAGGGGGACCGCCGACGGCCGCCGUGCCCGCCCCAGCCUCGACUCCCUCCCGACCGAGAUCCUCGAGGCCAUCCUCCUGCACUGCACCAACCUCAGCCUACCCCACGCCAGCCCGCUCAUCGGCCUCAAGCUCUCUGAGCCUGCCACGCUGCUGAGGCUCGUCAUAUCGGCUUUCCGCGACACCUGGGAUGUCUGGUUUGGGGUCGCCGUCGCUCGGGAGCCCCUUUACGGCCCUCAUGUUCCCAACGGUUACUCCCUCACCGGUCACGGUGACCCUAUCCUCCAGCCUUGGGCAAAGACCCCCAUCCUCCUCCGCGCCCAGCAGACCUGGGCCUCCAGGCACGCCAGGGACAGGUGGUACCAGCAUUCGAUCCCCCACUACUCCGACCCGCGGGACCGUCCCGGGUCGGCGCACAGCUCCGGCGGCUUCGACCACUUCGACGCCGUCUCGUGCUUCGAGGCCGACUACGCCCAGUGCCUCCUCUGGCCGCCCCUGCACACCGAGGGUGCCCCCUGGGGCGGCCGCGACGUCCACCCCCGCACCCGCCUGCCCGACGGCCUCCUCACCGGUCCCUGGGACGAGGAGCAGGUCAGGCGCGUCUUCUGGCUCUCCAGGGGCGGGGUGCACAUCGCCCACGAGGACGACGAGGGCGUCUCCGCCCCCCGGCGCGCCGUCGCCGACCCCGAUCCCGACCCCCGGCCCGAACUCGACGUCUUCGCCGCCACCGGGAGGACCGGCGACGACAUCCCCUGGGAGACCAAGAUCGAGUUCCUCCGCAAUGCCGUCAUCGACGCCGACCCCGCCCCCAACCUCGUCAUCGUCAACUGCCUCAUGGGUGCGUGGGCCUUUCGCGGCCUCCCCCGCGACGUCGUCAGGGCUCAGCUCGUCGAUAUAGAGGCCAGGCUCAAGUGGGGUGACGAUGAUGAGGUUACGAGGUAUGUUCUCAGGAGGACGAGUGCGGCCUUGUCAAUGUUGUGA